GCUUCCGUUAGCAUAAUACCCAUCGUAGUUCAAAAAAAGCUCUCCGAAGGUACACACGUAAACAAAUCCCUUGCUCCAGAAUGGCGGUCAGUUUGAAAGUAGUGUUGGGGAAAAAGCCGUCUCCGCGCGGAAGGGUACCGGCAUGCUUUUGUAUUGUCUGGUGUAACCUGUUUGCAAGAAAUCGCCUAUCCACGUCUCAGCUCACCUCCUUACAUUUCCUCGCAAGCGCUGACGGAGUAAGGGCCAUAUUAUUCUCGUCUCUUGUCUUCAAAGAUCGAGCUCAAAGCUUCGCCCGGUCGGAAGGAGUACAUCGUUGACAGUCUCGGCAAUAGAAUGCAGACGUAAAUCCGCGUUGCCAUGCCUGGCCAACGUCGCGAGACUCUGUAGGUCAGAAAUCGUCACAAUAGCCCGAAGCCAGACAAGUCCUGUCACCCAUCAAAGACGGGCUCGGCC